AUGCGCACUCGGCCGGUUAAAAAAAACUUUGGCGAACUUUCCCGCGUCCCGGAACUUUGGCCGCGCUUUGGCACAGGCCGAGGGUCGCGUCCCGCUGGCCCUGGGCACGGCCUCGGCGCCUCGGCGGCUUGUCGGCGCUCCUCGGCUGUCGGUGCUCUUGUUGCAGCUCUUGUUGAAAGGAAACAAAUUGACCUUCUACCAUCUUCACAUCCGCUGCUCUUCCUCCUCCCACAGGUCUCGACCCAAGGCAACCCCGAACUGCGGAUUCUGACGGACGCCAUGGAGAAGAUUCGUUACGCUGGGAGUUGGGCUCCUGUCGAGCGGCUGUCUGUCCGUGGCUUGCUGCCCUCGACGGAGAACUACAUGACCUAUGAAGGCUCCCUAACACAGCCUCCGUGCCAUGAGACCGUGACCUGGGUUGUUCUCAAUAAGCCGAUCUAUAUCACCAAACAACAGCUACACGUCCUCCGGAAGCUGCACCAAGGCACCAAGGCAUCUCCCAAGGCCAAGAUGGUCAACAACUUCAGGCCAAUACAGCAGAUGUACCACCGACCCCUGCGCACGAACAUCGACUUCACCAACGGACGUCAACUCAACUGCCCGUCGAUGGCAAGGCAGAUGUACUAUACCGCUAAUACAUGGAGGUAGUAAUACUGAAAGAAUAUUCUUCACAAUCUUCACAACAGUCGACUUCCAAAGAACACAUAUCAAGCUCGACAUAUCUUUUAAUCCCAAUAUCAAGACAAUAUCAAGAAAAUAGCAAGAAAAUAUACAUCCGUGAAACCUAUUGCUCGCCGUGGGAAACAGUGCAUGAGAAAAAUGUAUUGUUUAUCAUGGAAUAAAUGAAUAAAAAUGUACAGAAAAAUCAUAUUACUAAAUAGACAAUUAUGAUCCACAAAAGAAGUUUUUUUGGAAAGCAAAUCAUAUAUUCCUACACACUGUCAAGACUAUUCAGAAAAUAAGACAAAAAUGUAUGAAAAAAGCAAAAGAACAGAAAAGUAUGAACAAUGUACAAUGUUCUUGAACGUCUUGGAGAUAUUUCAUGAAGAGAAAAAUGUUAAAAGUUGUUCUUCCAGCAAGCAAUAUCCUUUAUGUAGAAAAUUUCAAGAACAGCUUGUCAUUUCUGAUCUUCGACAAAAAAAAAAAAAA